AACCUCCUUCCUCUCUUUUAUGUGUAUCCUCCACACUCACCAUUAACAUAAAAACAACAUGCCCUCCUCUUGCUCUAAAACUCACAUAUCCCUUCUGGUAAUAUUCUUGUUUAGCCUCCAUUUGUGCGCUCAUGCUGGUGAUCUUGAUCAAAAUAUUGAAAUCAAUUGGGGUAAUGACCAGGCCCAAAUGCUAAACUCUGGCCAGCUCCUUACUUUGUCUCUAGACAGAGCCUCCGGCUCUGGCUUUCAGUCUAAAAAUGAGUACCUUUUUGGAAAGUUUCAUAUGCAGCUGAAGCUUGUCCCAGGAAAUUCCGCAGGCACAGUCACCACAUACUAUUUACGCUCACAAGGAUCAACAAGCUGGGAAGAGAUUGACUUUGAGUUCCUGGGGAAUCUAAGUGGUGACCCUUACAUUCUUCACACCAAUAUCUACACACAAGGAAAUGGGAACAGAGAGCAGCAAUUCUACCUCUGGUUUGACCCCACUGCAGAUUUUCACACCUAUUCCAUUCUCUGGAAUCCCCAAUUCAUCAUUUUCUAUGUGGAUGACAUUCCCAUCAGAGAGUACAAGAACUCUGUGUCAAUUGACAUCCCUUUUCCGACGAAGGAACCGAUGAGGAUACAUGGUAGCCUCUGGGACGGCGAGGGUUGGGCUACGAGGGGUGGUUCGGUGAAGACAAAUUGGACAGAAGCUCCAUUCACUGCAUCUUAUAGGAACUUCAGUGCCAAUGCUUGUGUUUGGUCUUCAGGUGCAUCUCCUUGCGCAGUUAAUUCUUCUGAUGCAACAUGGAUGACACAAGUGUUGGAUCCCAAAGAAGUGGAGAAGCUCAAGUGGGUGGUGAGGAAUCACAUGAUCUAUGACUACUGUGCUGACUCCAAGCGCUUCCCUGAUGGGUUUCCACCUGAAUGUGCAGUCACUGUCAUUAAGGAGUGAUUAACUGAUAUAACAAACAAAAUAUUUAUAUGAUUAUGCAUAAAAUUGACAUACAAGUUUAAAUUAAGUCUAUUUAAAUCAAUGUAUUUGGUAUUCAUGACUUAGAAAAAGAGUGGAGUUA